AUGUAUUCGUUGAACUUCUUUUGUCAUUUCCCUUGGAGAUACAGGCAUGGGCAACAACCUACUAAAACUCCCACCCAGUUGAAAGGCCGGGACCUUCUGACACUGCAAAAUUAUUCAGCUGAAGACAUAAAAUAUUUGUUGUGGGUGGCAGCAGAUCUGAAGGAAAGAAUCAAAUGUAAAGGAGAGUAUUUGCCUUUGCUGCAAGGAAAAUCAUUGGCUAUGAUUUUUGAGAAAAGAAGUACAAGGACUAGAUUAUCUACAGAGACAGGAUUUGCUGUCCUUGGUGGCCAUCCUUGUUUCCUCACAACACAAGAUAUUCACCUGGGCAUUAAUGAAAGUAUCACUGACACAGCACGGGUAUUGUCAACCAUGACAGACGCGAUCCUUGCACGAGUGUAUAAACACGUUGAUCUGGAGGUGCUGGCACAACAGGCCACAAUCCCAGUGAUAAAUGGACUGUCUGAUUCUCACCAUCCCCUCCAGAUUUUAGCUGAUUACCUUACACUCCAGGAACACUAUGGAUCUUUGAAUGGAUUGACCCUAAGUUGGAUAGGUGAUGGAAAUAAUGUCCUAAACUCCAUUAUGCUUAGUGCUGCUAGAUUAGGGAUGAAUCUGCAUGUUGCUACUCCAAAGGGUUUUGAGCCAGAUCCCAUGGUCACCAAAAUAGCGGAACAGGAGUCCAUAAAGCACCGCACCAAGUUGUUUCUCACCAGUGUCCCUACUGAAGCUGCCAAAGGAGCCAACGUUUUGAUCACAGACACAUGGAUAAGCAUGGGGCAAGAGGCAGAAAAAGAAGAGAGACUGAGGGCUUUCCAGGGUUAUCAGAUCACAAUGAAGACUGCGAAAGUGGCUGCUGCUGAUUGGACAUUUUUACACUGCUUACCCAGAAAGCCAGAAGAAGUUGAUGAUGAAGUGUUUUAUUCUCCACAGUCGCUGGUUUUCCAAGAGGCUGAAAACAGGAAGUGGACAGUUAUGGCUGUCAUGGUGUCCCUGCUGACAGAUUACUCACCACAGCUGCUGAAGCCUACAUUUUGAUCCUUGGAUUUCUGCCAACGAGCAAAGAUUCCUUACCAGCAUGCACCAUUCUGGUCCAUGAAGUCUCUCUUUCUCUCUAAAAAAACAAGAUCAAAGCAAUGAUAAUUAAUUAACAGAAAUGGAAGUUUCAAUCAUACUUUCAUUCUGCAUCUGUUCUAUCUCUUAAACACUGCAGCUGCAUUUCAUUAUCUAGCAGCUUUUUUUCUUCCCCAUCCUCCAUAUUGAUUAGCCCCCUAAAAUGGUUACAGUUUAACAAAUGGAUGAGUCAGAAAGGCAGGCAGUAGUAGAAUUGAUCUUAAAAAUGUGUCCUGAAGCUGUGUACUGUGAAAACUGCUGCAGUUUUCUCGAAAGCUGUCAUAUUUGCCUGCUGAUCUGGGGUGUGUGGUGUGUGGGUGGGUCUGAAUGACACAAUUGAAAUAUACCUUUUAGAUUCUGAUAUUAAGGCUGCAGACCAAAGCUCACUUAGUAGCUCACACUAAUUUUAGGGGGAUUUACUUCUCAGGAAUGAACUGCAAAUAUAUGAUAACUGACAGUAGUGAUGGUGGUACAUUAGUUUUUGUGUGAUUUUGGAUGUAGUUAGUAUAUUUAGUGUGUUCAUAGACAUAUCUUUAUUUUAUACAGCUUUCUAUAGUUUUGCUUUCCUAAAAUGUAAUCAGAAAGAAUGUACUUUGCUGACAUCCUGCACUGCCUCCUUAUUAGCAAGGUUCUGCCUCAUUACUUUAUUAAUGUCUCUAGAUUUAUUAAAACUUUUUAUGAUAUAAAACAAUAAAUGAUAAUAAAAAUGAAAUAGAAAAGGAAUAAUCAAGUUAAUCCAAAAGUUUCAAAGCAAAUCUAUCUUCUUGUUGGGUGAUACAAAGCUUUCAGAAAGUACAGACGCUUCAAAUAAUAAAUAAUGUCCUUCUU